AUGAAGAGUGAUAAAGUGUUACAAGUGGUCUCAGGAUGGGAUGCAGUGGAGUUGAUCUUCAAAUGUGUUUUCGUGGGUUUGUGGCAGAUGAUCCAGCUCACAGUUCGAAGGUUAUGGAAAGGGCACCGCAGAAAAUUCUCUAAAAAUUUUCCACCGGUUGAACUGACCGUAGAUUCUUCUAUUGGGCGGCAUUGCUACAUUAAAAUUAUGGGUGUAAAGUACCACUAUGUAGAAACAGGUCCUAAAGAUGGUAAAAUAGUGCUUAUACUUGGAGAUGCUCCAGAAACUGUAGAUUUAUGGGCACCAAGUUGGUCAUCAGUAGUAAAAAAAUUUGCUGAGCUUGGCCACCAUGUAAUAACACUUGAUUUGAGAGGUACUGGAGCAAGUGAAACAGGUGACAGAAGUGAUUUAUCUCCACCGAAAGCUGUUGAGGAGUUAAAAGCGUUAUUAAUAGCUCUUGGAGUUUCAGAGAAUAAGCCUGCAAUCAUAAUAGGCUUUGGAGUUGGUGGUAUGUUGACUUGGUACUUCUCCCACUGCUACGGCUCGCUAGUAAGCAAGCUGGCAGUGGUCGCAGCCCCACAUCCCAACCUCUACUGGCAACACCCGCCCGCAUCCUUUUGUCACCGAUCCUUGCAUUUUAUACAGUGGCCAUAUUUCCCAGAAAGAUGGUUAGCAGAUGGUGUUAUGCAAGAAGGCGGUCAGUGGGGCAGCUCUCGCGCGAGGGACUGGAGUGGCGCGUUGAAUUAUGUUAGAGGUGCAGCUUGGUACAAAGUCCACUCAGAGCACAAGAUCCAAGCGAGAUCUCUCCUCAUAGGUGGCAGAGAGAGCGCCACGCAGCUGGUGGCGAGCGCGCAGUACUGCGCGAGCCCGGCGCUGCGGCUGCUGGACCGCCCGGGGCCCGCGGACAAGGAUCUACCGCCGAUGAUAUUGGAUUUCUUUAUAGGUAAACAAAAGCCUCAAGAAGAAGUACCGAAAGGUUUGAUGGGCAGAGUUAUAGGAGCGGUGGCCGGCCGGGGAAGAGAACUCACUGCCCGUCUCGCCUUGCCUGCUAAUGCA